AUGAAGCCUGAGCAGGCUGUUUCUACCGGCACGACAAUCAUGGCCGUUGAAUUCGAUGGCGGUGUGGUGAUGGGCGCUGAUUCGCGCACUUCCACAGGACAGUACGUGGCAAAUCGAGCCUCGAGGAAGAUUUCCAAGGUGCACAACAAGAUCUUCGUGUGCCGAUGCGGCAGUGCUGCUGAUACGCAGGCGCUGACAGGCUUCGUUGUCAACUAUUUGGGGCAGCACGCAGUGGAGCUGGGGAAGGAUCCCACAGUGAACACGGCAGCAAAUCUGUUCAAAAUGAUCGCCUACAACAACAAGGACAACCUGCUCGCAGGCCUUAUAGUGGCAGGCUACGAUGAGAAGCGGGGUGGCCAGGUCUAUAGCAUCCCUCUGGGUGGCUCCCGUAUCCGAGUGCCAUGGGCCUGCGACGGAUCCGGCUCUGGCUACAUCAAGGGGUUCAUCGAUUCGCACUACCGACCAGGCAUGUCCAAGGCGGAGUGCUUAGAGUUCGUGCAGAAGGCUCUCUGCUUUGCCAUGAGUCGCGAUGGCAGCUCCGGCGGUGUCGUGCGGACUCUCGUGAUCACGAAGGAGAAGGUUGAGGAAUCCAUGAUCGAGGGCAACAAGCUGGCCUUCGGACCAUAA